UUCCCAAUUUUGAAUUACUCCUUUAGAAAUUAUCUUGUAUUUCCUGGUCAAUCUUGCUUAACUGCAUGGAUAUGAGUAGUUUUAGCUAUUGAUUACUCACUCCAGUAUUUUAAAAAUAGAUUUUCACUUUUAGCAUAUCAAGAUAAGACAAUUUCUUUUUCUUAUUUUACCCGUAGUAUUAAUUACUCAAUUCAAAAUAUUUUUCAAAUCUUAAAAACAUGCACCAAUUAAUAUGGGUCUCAUGGUAAAUUUUGCACUCCAUUUAUUAUUUGUUAAUGGUGUGCAAAGUCUACAGUAGACGAGUAAAAGUGAACGGAGGGAGUAGGUUUUAGUAAUAAGGUUCUACAGUGUUGAAGUUUGUGCUUGAGUUAUUUGCUUGAUAAACCGCGUAUUUAUUAUUAUCUAGUCAGUUGUAUUUGCUUAUGUUAUGGCUACGUCGAAGAAAUUAAUCACUAGAGAUGAUUGGGGGAAAAGAGUCAAUGAUGUAAAGAUUAGAAAAGACGAUACGAAUAGAUUAGUAAUGAAUUUUCUAGUUACGGAAGGUUAUGUAGAAGCUGCAGAAAAAUUCAAAAUGGAAUCUGGAACGAAUCCUGAUAUAGAUCUUGCUACCAUCACGGACCGAAUGGCUGUUAAAAAGGCUGUGCAGUCCGGUAAUGUGGACGAUGCAAUUGAGAAGGUUAAUGAUUUGAAUCCUGAGAUAUUGGAUACAAAUCCCCAACUCUUUUUCCAUCUCCAACAGCAAAGGCUGAUAGAGUUGAUAAGGAAUGGAAAGGUUAAAGAAGCUCUGGAGUUUGCUCAAGAGGAACUGGCUCCAAGGGGAGAAGAAAACAAAACCUUCUUAGAAGAUUUGGAGAAGACUGUUGCAUUACUAGCUUUCAAAGAUGUAUCUAACUGCCCGGUUGGAGAGCUUCUAGAUGUAUCGCAGCGCCUAAAGACUGCAAGCGAGGUAAAUGCAGCGAUUCUCACCAGCCAAAGUCAUGAAAAGGAUCCAAAGCUUCCAAGCCUAUUGAAGAUGUUGAUAUGGGCACAGAACCAGCUUGAUGAAAAAGCUUUUUAUCCUCGCGUAAACAAUAUGUCGACUGCAUCACUUGAAGAUCCCUCUGUCUAAAAUAGGACUCACAUUGCAUCCCUGAAUAGAGCUAAGGCAAGAAGACCUUGUACUCUUUUUUAUUUAUACCACUUGUCACUGGUUGUUUCAUUUUCAUUGAAAUUUAUGGUUUCUCAGGCAUACGUUAGAUUGGCAGCAGGCAAGGGUCUAUCUGAAACAGCCUCUCUACCUCCCAAGGUAGGGGUAAGGUUUGCGUAUACUCUACCCACCCCAGACCCCACUUGCGAGAUUGCACUGGUAUGUUGUUGUACGUUAGAUUGGCAGCAGGUUGUGCAGUUAAUUUGACUAGUUGUACCUUCCUAUCUGAAUCAUGGUUAUACAAUCAUUCAAUCCGUUUGUGCUUUUCAUAAUGUUGUGUUUGGAGAUUCGGAAUUUGUGUGAUUUUUUGCCGAUACUUAUUCCAUCAAGAACUUGUGAAUUUGGUGUUAUAUGCAGCUUAUUUAAUUGUUAAUACACCACUUGAUACCUCUGUUUUUUAGGAGGCAUUUGCGUCAAAAUUAGGAAGAGCUUUUGCCAUAUAUUAAAAAAAAUCUCAACCUUUUCAUUUUCCACAUUUUGGUAAAAGCUGUUCUUUAACCUAACACCAAAAUAUGAAGUUUUUUCAAUAUUUUGAAGCUAAUGCUGCCUUAAUCGUUGAAGAUAAAGAGGUUAAAUAUAUCCCUGAAGUUUCCAACGAGGUUUAGCUUAAUGGAGGUGUUGUAACUUUUACGUAUCUCUCUUUCCUUUUUUUCUCCCUUUUGAUUUUUUACUUGUUUUGGACGUUUGUUAUUGUAUUGUAUUAUGUUGUUAUUUUAAAUACAAUGUUUGCUUUGGUUGUUAUUUAAAUUUUAUUGUAUUGUAUUGUAUUGUUAAAUUCAUCAUUACAUAACAACGAAAAGUCUCAGUUUGUGUAACGACGGAUUUAGUGUUAUCGCGUCAUUAACUUAUUUUUUUCUCAUUUUGUCUUUACUCAUUUUCUUUUAAUCAUAUUUUAUCCUUAAAUCCUAUCUUUUUAUGAUAGUUCUAUACCAUACCCUGCUUUUCUUGUAAGUCUAUUCUUGAAAUUGUUGAUGUCUAACAUUAUAUAACGACGGAAAACGAUACGAUCUAUCCAAAUGUUGUAUUAGUCAAAACAAUAAAGUUCAAUACAACACAAUA